UGACUGACUCACCUCACUUCAAAGGCUUGGUCCACGUUCAGCUACUUAACCUGCUGCACCAGCCGUCACUCUGGGACUCUGCUCAGGGGGAGCUGGGACUGGGCCCCACCUGUGGCCCUGCCCGUCACCAGAGCAGCUGUCUCCUCCCAGUCUCUGCAGCUCCCAGUCGUGCUCGAGAGCUGGCCCGUGCCCUGGCCCUGCCAUGGCCGUGCAGGUGUCCCUGUGGCACCACUACCUGCGGGCCAUCCGCUCGCGGGGCGCGGCCCGGGUGCAGGAGUACCAGCGUGCGGAGGACGUGCUGCUUACGGUGCUUGAGCACCUGCACACCCUGGACCCCCGCUUCCUCGUGGAUUACUCCCGAGACCUGGAGGCCUUCCAGUUUGCCUUGCGCUCCUCGGACGGCCCGCUGGACAUGGAGGUGCCCCUGAGCGUGGAGGCCGCAGCCCUGCUGGUGGAGGAGCCAGAGGCCGCCCAGACCGAGGAUGGCCCCACGUCCUGCCGCCUAGGUGUUCCCAGGGGAGGGGCCAGCCUGGAGGCCUGGGUGACUGACGACGUCUUCACCGCCUCCUCGGAGGACAGCGCCAAGUGUUUGGGCCACAUUGUGCCCAGCAAAGUCCUGCAUGUCCUCAAGGACCGUCUGGUGGCUGCCAUCGUGCACUGCAAGCACCACGGCCUCAUCACACCAGGUUCUCUGAAUGUGGACAGCCUGAGGGAGGAGAAGCUCGGCCUGUCCCUGCUGGUGUCCAGUGGCUGGAGAACCAUCCGCUUCAAUGUCGUGCCUGUGGUGCGAAGGAAGCACCGGGUGCCUGCCCUGGAGGGGGCACAGCUGACGCUCGGGUUCCCUGAAGGCAGCUUGAAAAGGAUCGUGGGCCAAGGGGUGGCCCUUGUGCCAACUAGUGCCCAGCUCUGGAGGGUCUCCACCGACGACCUGCUUACCAGGCUACUCAACGUCCUGGGCUCACUCCAGGGCCACCGCCUGGACAGCCUCUCUAUCCUGGACCGGGUCAACCACGAGAGCUGGUGUGACGGCGGCCGGAGCCCCGGCCUGAACUUCGGCCACCUGAAGACCGUGCUGCUGUGGGCCUCGGUGCUGUUCCCCGCGCCGGAGGACUGGGCAGAACUGCAGGGCGCCGUGUACCGCCUGCUGGUGGUGCUUCUGUGCUGCCUGGCCACCAGCAACCUGCCCCACUUCCUGCACCCUGAGCAGAACCUGCUGCAGGACGCCGGCCUGGACCUCCGGGCCCUGUACCAGCGCGUGGAGCUCUUCGCCAGCCAGCCCGAGGCGGCCCUGCGUAUCCAUGUCACCCACCUGGGCCAGAGCCCCCCGCCACGCCUCAGCAGUGGGGUCAGGGCGUUGCUGCAGCUGCCCGCCAGUGACCCCUCCUACUGGGCCACUGCCUACUUCGAUGUCCUGCUGGACAAGUUCCAGGUCUUCCACAUCCAGGAUAAGGAUCGGAUCUCUGCCAUGCAAAGCAUCUUCCGGAAGACCAAGACCCUGGGAGGUGAGGACCGCUGAGUACGCUGCCUGGGCUUUGCCACCCACUACACCACCCCACGGAGGCUCCCAGGACGUGGGAAGAAGGGAAUGGGUUUCAUAUUGAGCCGGUGAUGGUUGGUGGAGGGACCUUGUCCCCAGGGACUGCCUCAGACAAUCCAGGGGACGACCUCAUGGGAGUCUGAGUACUGGACAGCGGGCCACCUGGACAGCGGCCUCAUCUGCAGGGGCAGGGCCUGGGAUGAGGUGCUGUGUAUUUCAUGUGAUGCAUAUUGAUCCAUCCUGUGUGAGGCCAUCAAGGCUGAAAACCAAGUGUUUGAAGAAGCCCUGGGACCUGAGGGCUUGUCCCCCCACCAGCGUCGUGUGCUACGCCAUGUGAUGAAAUGCUAUAUAUCUGAUCCUGAAUAAAUGAAUGCAUGUCUAAGGAAUACGG